AUGGCUUCCUGCUCGGAGAUGUGCGGGUCGGGGCAGGGCCCGGCCCACGACAGCUGCCAGCGCUACGGCGUCCGCUCCUACCUCCACCACUUCUACGAGGAGUGCACGGCCUCCAUCUGGGAGCGCGACGAGGAUUUUCAGGUUCAGAGAUCGCCGCGCAGGUGGAGCUCUGUCCUCUGGAAGGUCUCUCUCGCGUUUGGGACGUUGAUGCUGAUCGCCGGGCUGAUCACACUGACCGUGGGCUAUGCCGUGCCGUCCAAAAUAGAAGCCUUCGGGGAGGGGGAGAUGGUGUUCGUGGAUAGCCAAGCCGUGCGCUUCAACCAGGGGCUCCACCUCAGCAAGCUGGCCGGGGCGGCGCUCUUCUGCGCGGGAGGGAUCCUGAUGGCCGUGGGCCUCCUGCUCUCCGCCUUCGCCAAGAGCCACUCCAAGGACGAGGCCUACCUGCAGCACAAGUUCAAGGAGACAAUAGCAGACAUGCACGCUGCCGCCGCCCACCCGAUCACUAAAGCGCCCACACCGGGAGAGAGUAAGAUCCCUGUCACACUGUCCAAAGUGCAAAACGUUCAGCCCACCUCCUGAAGUCAGACAGAGCACGUGCGGCAGCUGCCACACCACUGGAUCAUUUCCUAAACGUUUUAAGGUCAGCUUACAUGAUUAGGUAGGAAAAACAUACAGUCCAUAACCCGUUAGCCACCAGACAUUCAUUGGAUGCUGCUGGACAGGAGCAGCACAACGUAGAGUUUGGUAGAUUUCAACAUCCAAGAACAGGCCUCCCAGUUGCAUAUUUAUUUAUUUCCUUUUCCGUUAUCAAGUUUACUUUAAGAGAUGAGCAGAUGUGGUUGCUCAUAAGUCUUAGGGGGGAAUGGUAAUUAAGCUAUUUUGUAGGUGAAUAGAUCAGCAAGUUUCACAACUAAUCUGGCUUUCCAGGAUCCAAGGAGCAUCCCUCUAUACUCUUGGCACCAAGGCAGUUAAUACCUGAAUGGCAGAAAAUACCUGAAACUGAGUAUUAUCCAUUUUCCAAAAUUGAGGCUCAAACACUACGAAAGCUGGCCAACAGCCAUCAUGUUCUAGAGUUUCGUGGACAGGAGAAAAUAGUUUGUUUUUGCGUUUAUCUUGGCAAUCGAUGCGACUGGACUGCCAGAGACACCUUGAUAAAUGGGCUAUUGAUUUUCGGAAAACAUUAUAACACUGCCGAACAACGUCCAGGCCAGAUCUCAUUUAUUUAUUUAGUUUUUCCCACGUCCCGCUUUGCUGAUGAGCCAAUAAGCGCACAGGCGUCUUGCAGAAUGAAACCAAGCAAUCAACAGUACAAUAUAGACAAUAUAGAUAAGGCAGAAUAUUACAGGGGUUGACUGCGUUGUGCAUUUCUGCACUUGGUCGCCUAAACUGAAGUACAGCAAAAUAGCGACCUACAAUCUAGGCCAGUGGUAACCAACCCUGUUCCUGGAGAUCUACCAUCCUGUAGGUUUUCACUCCAACCCUAACAAAGCACACCUCAUUCAAGAGAUAGACAUCUUGUUGAGGUUCUAAUCAGUAGAGUCAGGUGAGCCAAAUUAGGGUUGGAAUGAAAACCUACAGGAUGGUAGAUCUCCAGGAACAGGGUUGGUUACCACUGAUCUCGGCCAUCUUUUUAUGCUGAGGGAAAUAUUACUAAUAAUAAUACCAGCCGAACGAAAUGUCUCCCGCGUCUCCCGUGUAUGAAAUCCAUGCUUAUUUUCUCCCCGUGAGUUCCUUAUUAAAGAAAAGGAAACUGACAGAGCAGCAGGCUUAUUAAGCCCAGCCCUAGCCCAUUAGGCCAGUAUGUAUGGUGCAUUUCCUGUCAUCUGCUGCUGAUCCACGGCUUCAAUAAUAACUGCAGAGUAGUACCGAACAGCCGAAAAGCUCAGCGGCGUCGGCAUCAUCCGUUUCGAUUAGAAAUCGUGAAGCAGAAUAUGAAAUAACGUCCUGUCUUCUUUAACAUGUUAUCAGAUCCAUAAUGCCAGUGCCCAUAUCCAAUUAAAUUCAAAUGAAACAGUGCCUGUUUUUUGUCUCGGUGUGAAGCUAGAUCAUACUAGAUACGUCAUUAAUAAAGGGAUCUGUGUUGAGUUGACGUUGGAGCUACAAAGUACCGCUGAAUACCACACAGCAGGAGGUGCAGUUCAAAUACCAGCUCUCUGAAUAUGUGCCUGUGCGUAGAUAAUACCUUUAGUACAGAUAAUGCAGAUUCAUAAGUCAUUCAUUCAUCCACGAGUCAUUAACUGAAUUUGAAUUUAUUUAGGAAAAUAUUUACAAAAGGGACUCUUGGAUACAAAUGUUCCAUGUGUUCAAAAGAUCAUUCUUUAAAUACUGAGCACCUACAUUGUUGUCUUCAGAGAUACUACAAACCAACAGACAAACAAAUAAAUAAAUACAUAAAUGUCCCCAAAAUGAAUAAUUCCACACAAAAUAACUGAUGUCACUGGAAAGGCAAUGCAUGACCACCACCAUAAAGGUUCGUGGAAACCACAAGCUGAAAUAAAGGGAUUUCCUUGAAUUGUCAUUAGUGUCGGAUACUAGACUCAUUUUUUGUUUCAAAUAGAUAACAAAUAAUGUGUGACACAAAUACAUUUUAUUCUCAUUUGUCUCUCUUAGGGUUUCUUACCAAGGCUGUGUGGCAUCACUGAAAUUGUGGCACUGCAAUACUUUUAGAAUGAUGGUAAAACAUCCCAAGUGCAUAGCAAGCUAACAGUCAGAUAGAACCAAGCUCAGCCCAAAGAAAUGGGUAAAUAUCUUGGUGACUAAGCUAGGCUUCACACAGCAAAGACUUUACCUCAUUUUAACUGUACUGGGUACAUUAUAUUUUUUAUUCAAAAAGACAUUAGGCUCUCAGAACAUUGAUUUGUAAUAACUGUAUGAAAUACAUCAAAAUUAUGUAACCAUGUAAGCUGACCUCAUUCAUACUAUUCAAACCUACCAACUCGAUAGAUAUACAGAUAGAAUAACAUCUGGCAGAUGUUGUUCUAUUUAUACUUUAAUUGUCAUACAGGUGUCAUGAUCGUUUUACACUACCUAAAUGAUUAAUUCAAUACACACACACACACACACACACACACACAGACUAACUCUAAACCAAAUCUCAUAUAAAAACUGAAGGAAAUUAAGAGCAAAAUAUAAAUUAAUGAGACUCUCUAAUGGGACUCCUUUGACAAUUAUUGACUAUGAAUCUUAAUAUCAAACAUGAAUUUAUAUGUGAAAAUCAGCUGAUCCAUAUAGGAAAUGUUAUAUGUUAGGUUGAUAAGGAUUAAAAUCCUGAAUUACUGUAAGAGCACAAGACUUGAAAUUAAACUCCUGUUGAAGACAUUAUUCUGGUGGAGAAAAAGCUAUUAUUCUAUAACAUAUACAAGACUCUCUCUCUCUCGCUACAGCAGCUACAAGUACAUCAGCAGAAUGGAUUCUAUUAGAGACUAAAUAUGGGCAAAUUUAGAUUUGGUAUUGAAACUGCACUACAGUGCCAGUGUAACUCCAUUUAUGCCUAUACAUGUGAAUCUGAUCCAAUAUGCCUUUCCCAAGAAAAGACCUCCCCCUAUAUGACUGACAGAGAUUCUAGGUAAUCCUAAUUACUAUGAUAGAUUUACCCUGCAGAAUAUAAGGGCCACUCUAUGUGUUGAUGUCAGUUAGGCACAUAGUCGAGUUAUGUUAUUGUUUGGUAGCUUGUUUUAAUUAUGCUUUAAUGGUUAGGACAAAGAAUAAAAAAAACACAGUACAUUGUUUUCACACAAUGGUUAUCACUAUUAUGGUUCCGUUCCCGGCAUUAAUCUUGCACAGCUGAACCAUUUUGGAAAGAGUAGCAAUCUUGAGCUGAGAAGUCAUACAGAAAACCAGUUGACCAUUAAUGAAAUUCAUGUUACUCAUUGUAAAAGAAAUGCAAACUAGAGGAAAAAAAAAACAAAAAACAAAUGUAACCCAGCAGUAAGGUAACUGUUUAUUUUUCAAUGGAUUUAAUUAUUAUUAAAUUGAUAUCUGCGCACAAAA